AUGGUGGAUACCGAAUCACAAGAUUCUCACGCGGCGCCCGCAGAACCCCAAUCAAGACACGUAAUAUAUUGCGGAGUGUGCUCAUUGCCUCCUGAGUAUUGCGAAUUCGGCGGCACUGUUAAGAAAUGCCAGGAUUGGCUGCAGAAGACACAGUCUGAGAUGUAUGACCGGCUGUGGUCUGACGACGCUCUCGCAGCAGCAACCUCCGCACUCUCCGUCGAUGCCCGCAAACGCGCCGAAAAAGACGCCCACAAGAAAGCCCUCAAAGCCGAAGCCGCGGAAGCGAAACACGCCCAAACAAUCGCUAGCUCUAAAGUGCUAAUCAAGCGCGUGGAGCGCAACAAGCGGAAAUACGUGACUGCCGUCUCAGGAUUAGAGGCCUUCGGACUGGAUAACAAGAAAUUGGCGAAAGAGCUAGGGAAGAAGUUCGCGACAGGAUCCAGCGUGAGCAAGCUGCCCAGUGGUGGGGAAGAAAUCGUUGUUCAAGGGGAUGUGAGUGACGAGAUUGAGGAAUUUUUACUGGAUAAAUACGACGUUAUUCCAGAAGACAAUAUCGAGUUGAUCGAGGAUAAAAAGAAGAAGAAAGAUAUUGGGGCUGGCGGAUAG